UAGAACCAUGGCGUUCAAGGCAUGUACAAAUAUAACUCUUGGAGUUCCACAGGUAUUUGUUCUAGCCGUCCUAGUGGCCGCCGCCAUCGCACUUCCAGAAAGCCAGCCUACGUACGGCUACCCCACUCCCACACCCGCAUACGCACCCGCCAAGUACGACUUCAACUACGCUGUAAACGAUCAACCAUCUGGUAAUGACUUCGGACAUCAGGAAGCCCGUGAUGGAGACAACACACAGGGAUCUUACUACGUCCUACUUCCUGACGGUCGUCUGCAGAGAGUCACUUACACUGUCAACGGAGACUCCGGUUAUGUGGCUGACGUCACCUACGAAGGCGAGGCCCAGUAUCCCACCCCAAAGGCUUCCUAUGGGCCUCCUCAGUCUUCCUACAAGCUGCCUACACCCUCCUAUGCUUAA